CUAAACAUACCCAGCACAGCGGCCUUUUCAUAUGAUGAGCUGAAUUCGUGCAAGAAAGUUCGUUAGCAAAUAUUAUGUUGUUUUGCUGUGCAUAUAAAUUAAAUAGUGCUAGUGAAUUUACUAAAUAACAGCUAGUUUCAAAAGCAUCAAAAGACUGCUACAAAACUUUUUAGAUAGUGGUGUUUGUAUUUUCUUACUUGUAUUAACAAGGUAUGGAAAUUGUUGAAUCAACAACAGAGGGUAGCAAAAAACAUAUGAACGAAACGUUAACAGCGGCGUCAAUGGCAGACAGCAGCGGCAAUAGUAGUUUGACCGGUAGCGCUGGUAGCAGCGCUGCUAAUAGUUCUCUGGCUGUUACAACAACAGCGGAAACUAGAACAAAGGAUACAAAUACAGCAACAAAUUUAACAAAUUCAACUGAAAGCAAUGCUAGCAAGGAUAUUGAUAUGGAUAUAGAAGAGAUACCAUUGAAGUCCACAGCAACAACAGAUUACACCAAAGCCGAUGAACAAUGCCAACAACAGUCGGCAAAGUUGUUAUCAACACAUAAGGCGGGAAUGGUUACACAUUUGGAUGUUGAUAUACCCAUUAUAUCAUUGUCUGAUGGUGAAGAUGCUGUGGGCUCACAUCAACCAACUACUUUGCAAAAAGCUAGCCGCAAACGUAGUAGUGUCGGCGCUGCUACAGCAGAAGACGACCAGUCAUUCCGAUUGAAACGACGUAAAAUUAAAGUGGCCGGUGCGCCAAAAAUGCCCUUGACUGGUUAUGUACGUUACAUGAAUGAUCGACGCGAGAUGCUGCGUAAGGAACUGCCCUCCAAAACAGCGAUUGAGCACACCAAAAUUAUCGGCGAAGAGUGGCAAAAGAUGACGGAGGACAAAAAAGCGCCAUAUAUGAAAGCAGCAGAAAUUGAUAAGCAACGCUACCUCGCCGAAUUGCACACUUUCCUCAAAGAGCGUCCCGAUGUGCUGGCCUGCGAGCUGGCCAAAGACAAGCAAAUACGCAAAAGUCCCGGCGAGGCUGGCAAGACAGUCUUAAAGGAGAAAUCACAGUCUGUAGGCAAUAUAAAAUCGCCAAAUAAGGAAGCUAACGCCAACACAGCCGGCAGUAAAGAUAAAUCACGCCGCAGUUCGGAAAAAGACAAUUCACCGCCAGCAUUGCCACCACCAGCGACAACAUUGGAUAAUAAGCCACGACGUAAGCGCACACCGACACCACCCACAGCAGGCGAUACACACAAUAGUCAAAGCAAAAACAGUACAUCACACACUAACAACAACAACAAUCACAAUUCCACAUCAAGUAGUAAUCACAAUAGCAAUUCAACCAGUACCACAACACCAAUAAGCACUAAUACAGCCAAUUCACUCGCAGCCGCAACAGCCGUGCCCGGCGAAAUACCGAUAUUCACCAAUGAAUUUCUGGAGCACAAUAAAGUUUUCGAUAUGGAAUUACGUACGCUACGCAAAUCGAAAGCAGAUUUGGAACAACAAAAUGCUGUAUUGGAGAAACAUGUGGAGAAUAUGAAAUUCGGUGUGGAAAAAAUGACUAACGAGAAUGACGAAUUGGCGGAAAAGAAUCGUUUACUCGAAUUAUAUUUGGAUAAAUUGAAGGCAAAGUUAGCGCAUGCGCUCUCUGGUUUGGCCAUACCAACACAGCCGAACGGUGCCACAAUGGAUAACAUCGAGAAAUAUAUGACUGAUCUCUAUAAGAUGGCUACAACAAAUACGCAUGGACCGGCGAGUCUCAAUAAAGCGAAGGAUAUUAUAAGAAAAUUAGAUUUACAGAUAAAUUUGUAACUUAGUUUAAAUUCUCAGUAAUCGGUAUUAGUUGUUGAUAUAUUUCCACUAUGUAAGAGUUAGGUUAGGUCAUUUAAUUAACUUUAGUGUAACAUUAAGUCCUAUGAGUAAUUAGCUUUAAGACACUAUUCUGUAGCUACGCUGAUGGAUAGAAUAUUUAAAGUAUGCAUUCCAAUCUCUUUGAAACGAACUCAAUUUGAAUAUUUGGAGAAAGUAAGUCAUCUUGUUUUUUGGUGUUGUAACCUUAACAAAACAAUAUAGAAACAUAUUUAUUUUUUGUUUCUCCUUUCAUUUAUCACUUUAUUUUUUCUUUUAAUUGUACCUAUGUUAUUUUACACUAAGUUCUUCUUUUGCAAAGUAAGUUAUGCUGAAAUAAUAUUUAAGUCAUAUUUAAGGCCAUAUAUCCAAUAAAAGAAAUUAGUUAUUAAAUAUAGUAUCAGAAAACCAUAAAAAUCUGUCGAUAAUACAUAUCUUUAGGUUAUUGAAGCUUCAAGUUGUUACUAAAGAAAAAAUGUAUACUAUACAUACUGUCUGAAUGGUGUCGCAAAAUAUCAUUCUCAGAUUUUAGCAUAAAAUAAAAUAUUUACCACGCUGCAUUCAUUGUUGCACUACAACAAACACAAAUAGUUUUGGAAAAUAAUUAAAAAUUUACCAAUAAUACUUUUGCUGCCAUCUGUAAUGAAAAAUAAUUUUAAAAUAUACACAUGUACUGUAAUUAAAAAAAAUUUUUUUCGUACAACCUCAAGUGCUAUGUUCCUUCCAAACAAUUACAGUCUAGUAUUUACAGCUUCCUUGCUAAUAAAAUAGUUUUAAACUCGCAUUUUUUAAUUAUAAACAUACAUACAUAAAUA